AUGAACGAACGCUCCUAUAAUAAAAAUCUGAUUUGUGAAGACGAUCCUGAUUCUCUGUUUUGGGAUAGUGAACUGUAUCAUAAAUCUUAUUUUAAAAAUAGGAAAAAUAAAGGAUUCCGUUACUAUGAUGAGACGAGCGUUCUUAAAUAUUUAUUUUUUCACUGGGUAAACAGAUGGGUCUCAGUGCUAUCUAAAAAAUACAUUGAACCGUAUAAACUCCACCCCUUACAGGUUUCUGAUCAAAUAUUGAAGUGGGAACCUAUUUUUUCCAAACAUGUUAGUGAUGGAUUGGUCAGAUUGGACCUCCACGAGGCCACUAAGACUAGUAAGAAGCCCGUUAAACCAUACGGGUCCAUUCUCCUUCGCGCUAUAUUAUUAACGUCAUGGAGAAAGUCGAUUGUUUUGUUUUUAGGGCUCGUUGUUGGAAACGUUUUGAGUAUGAGCAUAUCCAUUUUGGUCAAAAAAUUGCUUGAAAUUUUAAACGAUCCUUCAAUUCAUGUGAGUAAUUCAAUAUUGUUGUUGUUGGCUAUUAUGGGCUUUCAUAUAUUGGAUGGGAUUAUACUUGAAAAUGUGAAUUAUUAUCUUUACAGGAUGAUUUAUACACUCCAUUACUUGUACGGUACCGUACCUUAUCGCCACUCUCUAUCACAUAGGCGCGUAUUCUACAACAAUAUCAAUGGCAAGAAUAUUUUGAACACCUGUGAUCAGGUACUUCACAGCUGUGAUCCACAUUCACAAUGCUCCAAGAACCCAUUGUUCUGUCCAGCUCUAAGAUAUCAGAGCAAGGAAGUUACUCCCAAGAUUUUCACAUACGUGUUUUAUGACUCCUUUAACAUUGCAAUGGCAUUCGAGUCAACUAAAUUCAUUGUACAAUUCUUAACAAAUUUUAUUUAUGGAGUAUAUUUGCUGUCGAGACAUGUUAAGGGUAAUUUAUGGGUAUUAUACGUUACAGGAUCAUUGUUCCUGUUCUUCAUGGUUGUCAUUGAAAUUUUCAACGCCGUUAUAUUUAAGUACGUCAUAUACAUGAGAGAUUACAAAGUAACGAAGUACAAUGAUAUCCUUGGCUCAUUAAGUAUUAUAAAGAAAAUGUUGAUCGACGAUAUUGGAUUUAAUAUUAUUACUCAAACAAGGAAUAAUGAGCUUUCAUUAAUCGUUGUUAAAAUUUUCAUCACAUUUGUCAAUAUGUUUCUAUUCAGCACAACUAUUAACGUCUCUUUUUACAUUAUUAAAAUGUACUUUGUUAAGUCUGUUAAUAAUGCAGCUGUCAUUACUGAUAUUAACACCGCAGCAUUUAUGACAACGUUUUAUAUAUACAUGAGAAUAGUCACUUCGAUGUUUUUAAUUCCGAGGGCCAUAAAUAUUGUUGGAAUGGCAGUUGUCUGUUAUAAAAGGUUAAAUAAAUAUCUCUCUGGCUGUCCUCCUAAUUUCUAUGCCGCUGAUAAUAAAUUUGUUGGUUCUACACAAACAUCCGCUGUUUUAACUGAUGUCACAGACCAAAUACCUAUUAAUGUUAUCGUAUAUUUCAAAGACGCCGCCUUCACAUGGGUCAACUCUAGACAGGAUCUACUAAAUAAGAACUAUAAACCCUUUUUGAAAAACGUCAACUUUGAACUAAAACGUAGUGAGAUGGCUAUUGUCACAGGUGUUCUGGGUUCAGGUAAAUCUAACUUUAUCAAAUCAAUGCUUGGUGAGAUGACCCUGGUUGGGGGUUCCAUGGCAGUUAUUCCUCUACACACAUCUAUGCCUAUAUUCUAUGCUUCUGAGGAUAUAUUCCUAAAACAGGGUACCAUUAGAUCCAACAUUACAUUUGGUUAUAAGUUUGAUGAAGAAAUAUACAACACUGUGUUAAAGGCAGUUGAUCUUGAGUUUGACAUAUCAACCUGGGAGAAUGGUGACCUCAGGGUAGUGUCAGAUAAGGCACACUCAUUGAGUGGUGGUCAGAGAGUGAGAGUAGAAAUGGCUCGUGCAAUAUAUGCUUAUUUGAUAUUCCACAAUGUAAACAAGGAGUAUAAUAACAAUCAAUGUUCAUUCUUGAUGUGCUUGGAUUCUUCAUUGCAUGGUCUAGAUCCUUAUGUAUCCAAAACUAUAUUCAAUAACCUGUUUAAUAUAAAAACUGGGUUAUUAGUUAAGGAUGAUUUGAGUGUUGUUUUAACAACAUCAAAACAAAUCCUGGACAUCUGCAUCAAAUCAUGUGAACCAGCGCAAUUCCAGAAUACGCCAAUUUAUAACAUAAAAAACAGGGAAUUGAAGUUCGUUAGUACUAUACACAACUUUAUGAAGAACAAGAAGCACGAGGGCGACUUCAAGUAUUUAACAUCCUCUAGAACCGGCCCUUAUACCUUGAAUGGCUUAACCAACGAUAUGCUUGGUUUGUGUUUAUCUAACACUUCAAGGUCGCGCCGCGUCGAGAUAAUCAAGAAUCUCUACCAGCAAUCCUUUGUGAAAUACAUCAAAGACCACUUUGGAAAUGCUAAAUUCAACCCAUAUCUUGUUUUCAUGAAGCCAGCCAUGGUUACAUUCUCUAUAUACAUAAUUCUGACAGUGGCAUUUAACAUAUUAGAUUACCUUAAAUUUGUUUUUUCAACCAACUUAUCAGAUUUUAUAACCAAGAAUAUUAACGACUUCAACAAGGGCGCUCUUGUAGAUCUUGCUGGUAUUAAAUCACGUAGUAAUUCAGCAUUGAGAGUGACAGUCAUAUUUGUAUCAGUCAUUAUUGUAUUAUCAUUUCUAGCAACUGUAGCGCUUACAGCUGGCUCUAUAGUAUCAUGUCGCAAGCUUCACGAAUAUUGCAUCAACACAAUUUUCAACUAUAGCUCUUCAGUAGUUAAAAUAAAGAGGCAGAUUAAUCAGGUGAUAACGUUUCUGUCCGGAGAUCUUAUGAUGACUGAUGAUAUUACUGGAUUUAACAUUUCAUUGGUAUUAUUAUCAUUCAUUCAGGCUGCCACUAACAUAAUUACGUUGUUCUAUUUGAUUCCUAUAUCAGUACCAUUCAUUCUUCUAACUCUGGUUCUGAUAUACAUUUACAUAUUGAUGAGGUAUAUAAACACUUCAGUAGCAUUGAAUUUUGGAUUCAUGGAAUCUCUUGCUCAAAUGAACUCGGUGAUAGAAAGUUCUAUUUCCGGAUGGUCGGUUUACAGAAGCUUCAACAGAAAUUCAGAUCUUCUAGGUGAUUUCCUCGAACAUAGGGAUUAUAAUGCUAGAACCAAGUUCCUUUUUGCUGCCGCCGUUUCUUGGUCAACAAUCUUGUUUACUUGGAUAUUCCCAUUAACUACAUUCAUUAUACUUGUUAUUCCGAUCGUAUUAGAUAAAUUCACUAAACACAAAAUGACAGUAGGAUAUUUUGGGCUGGCAUUAUCGCUUUGUACGAAUGUGAACAAGUCAUUCAGCGACUUUUCGUUUAUGUAUGCUUGCACUCGAAUGGUUAUAAGUUCAAUCGAGAGGUUCCGCUAUUUUAUUCCUUUGGGAACUAAGCUUAGAUUCGAUAAAAGUCCCAAUACCCAUGAAGAACAUUUAAUUAAUCCAACCAAUAAAGACGUUAGUGACCUCGACAAGAAGCAGCUGUUGAAACGAAGGGCGAUUGAGUUCAAGUCUGAAAACAGAAAAUUCUAUGGAUUGAGAAGGCUAUUCUAUCAUCCUAAAAUACACAUCCUCGAUGUUGGCAAGUACAUAACUCCCGAACAUACCGGUGUUGAAUUGAAAGAUGUGUGUGUGUACACUUCUCUUGACCGUAACCCAGAGAGUAUGAUAUUGAAACAUCUAACAGUAACUGCCAAUAAAUCUGAGAUUAUUGGUAUGGUUGGCAGAACAGGUGCUGGUAAGACAACCCUGUUGUCAGUGUUACAGAACAUUGUUAGUAACAGAACUGGUCAAGUACUGCUUGAUGGCAAGGACCUGAAUGAAAUCCCCAGGGUUGUUCUUAGACAAAUAAUAGGUGUCCUACCACAACUGCCAUUUGUCUUCAAGGGUUGGACUAUCCGUAGGUUCCUUGAUCCUAGAAAGUUGUUCAAUGAUGAUGAUAUUAAUAGCGCCCUUAAUCAGUGUGGUCUUUUGGAAUUUGUUACCCACCUUUCAGGCGGAAAGCUGCUGGAUACGAUUCUAGCGCCAGAGGAGCCCCUUUUAUACUAUAAGAAACAAGAUGUAGUAAGGCCUAACACUUUGGAUAAUGGGAAAUCCAAGUCCCUCGAAUCGUCUAAAUCCGGUGUUGAUAAUGAAUUGCUACUUUCCUACAAUCAACUCAGAACGCUUUCAUUGGCCAGAUUAGUAUUGUAUAGGCAGUUCUUCAGAUUAAUAGUGGUAGACGAGCCACCAGAAGAAGACUUGUUUGAUCCUACUCGUAGAGAUGAUGACCUAGGGGUUCCAAUUUAUGAACUUAUACAGAAAUACUUUAGUCACUGUACCACUUUUGUUGUAGCACAUGAUGCAACAGUUUUGAAGAGUUGUACCUCUGUUUGGGUUAUACACGAGGGGCGCCUAGUUAAAACUUGUAAAGCCAGUGAUGUAUCGGCAAAUGAGUCUAUCGCAUCUAUUAUUGAGCAAAAUGUGAAAAAGAAUGAACCUCAACAUGUAAAUACAGUUAUGUAA